AAGUUAUUUGAGAGACCGAACUCAUUAGAUAAUGUUUUAAAUUCGAAUGAUUCAUUAGGUUAAUGAAUUUUUAAGUACGGGCCGACUAUAUAAACACAUUGAUUAAAAAUAUAUAUAAAGCAAACGCUACUGUUUCUAUUCUCAACUCUUUAGUACUAAAUUAGGAGCGGCUUAAAAGAAAAAAUGCACUAUCAAGAACAGAUGGAGUCUCUUAUGUUGGGAGAAGAACGGAGACGCGGAAACUUAGUCAGAGACGCAGACGUGGACGCAGAUGAAGGUGUUAACUCUCCGUCUUCUUUUCCAAACUCUCCUGAUGAUUCGGACCGUCGAACUUCUUCUUCUUCUUCAAGGAGAGGAUUAUCGAAACAUUACAAAGGUAAAUCACAGUCUUUCACAUCGUUAGCAGAAGCGUUGAGCGUGGAAGAUCUCGCCAAGCCGGAGAAUCCAUUCAACGCAAAGCUGAAGCAGCGACGGGAGAGCCCUCACUGUCGUAGAUUAUCCGGAUGCGGCGGCGCAUCGGAGCGUAAUCUAAGUGGUCACGACGUUUUCCUCGAUAGGCCGCCGCGACUCUCCGGUAGCAGACCGCCUCUAAGAGCCCAGACGCUCUCGGCGGCUCAUAUUUCGACUUUGCUCACUCGAUCUUAAACCGGUUUCCGUUUGGGAGAGAAAUCUUUUUCAAUUUUUUUGUUUUUCUCUAAUUUUGUAUAAGAGUUCCUUAAAAAGAAAAAAGUUUUCUCGACUCUUUUGAUAAUUUUGUAAUUUUUUUUUUCAGUUUAAUUUAGAAAGCACUUAAAACAGUAUAAAUAUAAAUACAAGUAGCUGACCAAUUUUCUUAUUA